UUCCAUAUUGUUUCUUUUUUGGAAACAAAUGAGGUGGAAGUGGUGCCCAGCGGUUGGGUAGAUGGUGACCAAUGUGUCUGGCCACACCUAAGAGGGGAGAGCCUCACAAAGGCUGUGAAACUUGCAAUGAAACCCAAGAAAGAGUGGAAAAUCUUUAAAGUAAAGCUUCUCUACACAACAGACAACUAUGAUGAUGCCAGGAAAAAGCUCCCUGAAGCAGAACUCUUCUCUGACAUUCAAUCUGAUACAGAGAGUGGGGUUAAAAAACCUAGACGAAUUAUGAAGAGCUUUAGACUUCAAAACUUUAAACUUUUGAGUGAUGAUGAUGAUGAUAAUGAAGGGCAAAAUUUGAAAGGCCUGGAACCACCGCCUCGUAUUAAGCCACCAGCAUUUCAAACAUUUCGUCAGUCAACUCAAAGCCCCUCUACAGCAAGACAGCAGCCUCCUCUCUGCCAGACAUCUAGUCAGCCACCAGCAAGUGACCAAUCCGCUUUCUACCAUCCAGCUAUUCAGCCACCAGCAUGUGACCUAUCACCUCUUUACCAGCCAGCAAGUCAGCGACCAGCAAGUGACCAAUCCCCUUUCCACCAGCCAGCAAGUCAGCCACCAACAAGUGACCAAUCCCCGUUCUACAAGCCAGCUAGUCAGCAGCCAGCAUGGAGCCAACCACCUCUCCAACAGCUAGCUAGUCAGCCAUUGCCAAAUCACCAACCAUCUCUCUUCCAGCCAAAUAGCCAGUCAAGUCUAGAUUACUUGCAGCCAGCAGGCUCAGAAUCUGGCAUAAGGAGAAACCAACCACUACAAAUUUUGCUAAGGGAGAUAUUGACAAAACAAGAAAUGAUUCUAGACCAGCAAAAUACAAUUAUGAGAAUCCUACAGUCAACACAAGGCCUGAUGUCCAUGAUGGGGCCAAGUUCAGAGAUCGUCUUCCUGUCAAAGAUGUAGAGUCUCUCCAGUGCCUGGAGGCUGAGCUGAAGAUGAACCCUGAUUCUAAAUCAGAAUUGGUAAGAACAUCUAGUUUACACUUAACUGUUUAUGUUCACUUGACACACAACCAACUGUUUACAUGAAUACUACACACGAUAGUCAUUUGGUCAAAAGAAAGAUACCUGAAUUGGUUUUCUGUGUGUGCACUUUAGCUGUGUCAGCAUGUGCACCACAUUAAGUUUUUUGUUUUUUUUUUUAACUUAUUGUGCUUAAAGGGACAGUUCACCCAAAAAUGAAAAUUUGCCCAUGAUUUACUAACCUUCAAGUCAUCCUUUACCACCUUUUUAACAUCAAUGUGUCCUGCACAUUAUUCUCUCGUACAUGCGUUUCAUCGCUAAAGUUUCAGUAUUGCUGUGCUACGCGUAUGUUUAACAUGAUAUAGCAAAAUGUCUAAUUAUAAUUUAGUCUCAGAUCAUAUACUAUUGCUAAUAUUAUACUACUAGUGCAAAUUGCCAGUGCAAAAUCAGUUUUUGUGUGUGUUUUUAGUAAUUAUUGUUGGUUUGGUGUGUUUGAGUGCUUAUUGUUACAGUUACACAGCAAAAGUUCAGUGACAUUUUUAUUUGUGCAUGGUAGAAAGCAAGUACUGAUAAUGACAUACAAUAAAUAUGGAUUCAGGCAGCAGGCUACACAGUGAACUGUAUUGGCAAAAGCCAAUGUCUGCUUCUUUUACCAAUAUAUUUAACGAUUUGUAUUUCCAUUCCAAACAACGUCAAACUUGGCACUGCACUUACUUGUGCCCAUAGCAAGAAACCUGUCAAGCUUAUACUCCAUUGGACCUAUGGUUCGAGAGAUAUGCGAAUAACAGACACACACACACACACACACACAGACAGACAGAUGUUCCUGUAAUUUAUAGAUAGAUAGAUGGUAUAUAUUCUCAUACUGCCCAGCCCUAAUGUGUGGCAUGGGUUGGGCAAUGACAAGAAUGUCCAUAUUACAAAUCUAUAAAAUGUUUUCAGAUGGAGUAUGUGAUAGAUUAUAGUUCAUUUUUUAA